AAAAUCCCCAACACGUAAAUAAUUAUUCGUGUUAGUUGUCAUUUUGUGUCUCGUCCUAAAGUUGUCAGUGUAUUAAUUGUUGUUUGAAUUGUUUAAAUUCCAUUUUAACCAUGGGCGACAAUUACAAUUACCAUGGAACUCCUAAUCGAGGCUGGAAUAACUGGAAUGGAAAACAAUACGGAGGCGACAAAAAUAAUUAUCAAAUGAUGAACAGGCAAUGGGGCUGGGACCCGAGCAGAUUUCACGUUCCUCCACCCCCUUCGCCGUCGACAAGCACAUCUCAAACACCACCGCCCUCAAAUCCACCCUUGCCGCCAACACCAGCACGCUUCGACGUGCCACCACCACCCCCGCCCAUUCCAGUUGCACAACCACCUCUUCCACCUCAACCGGGUCCGUCGUACCAGUACCCGGCACCGUUGCCGCCUCCCAUACCUUCGCCAGAAAAAAUGAACAGAUGGUCGGUGCCGCCUCCACCGCCGCACACGCCCGAGCGAGAAAGGUACCAGCGGCCGAAACCCCAGUACGGAUCACAUUCGUCGGACAGUGACAGCUAUCAGCGACCGCAGCAGCACCAGCAACACCAACAGCAUCACCAACCACAUCACCAACAGCAGCAUCCUCCGCCACAACCUCAGCAACAACAGCAUCAGCAGCAACAGUACCAGCAUCAGCAGUAUCCACAGCAGCAACAGCAUCACCAGCAACAGCAACAGCAGUACAUGUCGCCAUCGAUGCCGUCUACUUCGUACGCCACAUCACCACAGUACUCCGGUGGUCAGCAACAGCCGUAUAACAGGAGUUACACACCAUCUCAGCCACGCUACAACUAUUACAACAACAGACGAUAUAACGGCGAUUACAAUGGUGGCCACGGCCAAUAUAAGAGACCUGCCUCACAAAUGGACGGCGGAAACAACAACAACAACAAUAAUAAAAAGAAAAAGCCUCCGCAGAAACCUGCAGUCAAAUUUACUCAGGCGGAGUGUACUGCUGCUUUAGAUCUAGAGAGGCAUCUCAACGUUAUGCACAAGAAUUCGUUGGUUAUUAAGUUCCCUGAUUUUGAGAUAACAAGGGACAUGGUUAUGCGUUUUAAUCCCGCAAUCAGCAGCGUUUAUUUCCCAUCGUCGAUCACACCGAGGAACUGUUUUGUGGCGUUGCAUGCUAACGUUGACGUGGAUGACACAAUAAAAAAGAUCAGCGCCAUAAAACCGGUGGGGGCGAACGGAUAUUUGCAGGUUGAACGGAAACAGGCGCCGGCACCUAAAAAAGAAUCGGAAAAUAUCGAUCCAUUAACACUGUACGUCGGAAACUUGCCCAACGAUGUCACGAAGGACGAAAUAUUGGAGCUUUUCCCCAAUCACCGCCGCAUCGACAUCGGCUACGCCAAAAAGAUGAAAUACACCAGGUACGCGUUUAUUUCGUUCAACACCGUGGAGGAUGCGAUGAACGCGUUCGAAUGCGCUUUCAACGAGAUCAUGCACGGUAAAAGUCUGAUUGUGCGGUUCAAGCGCAUGCAGGGCACCAACGGCCAGCCGGGCGAGCCCAAGCAGCAGAACCCGCAGAAGGCCGAAUCGACGACGCCCAACAGCGUCGCAUCCAGCUCGCAAGCAAAGAACGGCAGCAUACAGUCUGAUGAGGACUCGAUGGUGGGAGACGAACCGCCGAUGCGCAUCAAAGAGGAACCGCAGGACUACGAUUACGCGUAUUCACAGGACGAUGAUUACGAGGAGCCCCCGCAGCAUGAUAUAUUCAAAAAUGUUAGGGACAGCUUCGCUGGCGUGAGAAACCAGAUAAAGGAGGAGGUGAUUGAUGACAAGCAAGAGCAAUCGAUUGACGAGUAUACUUAUGACUCGCAGCCGGAGACCAGGGAGGAGCCGCAGCAAUCCGAGGAUUCUAGGCCGAAUGAAGAGACCCCGACGGCACCGAGGGAGGCACCGUUUAUUAGGGUCAAAAUGGAAUUCACAGAACCUGACUCCACAGAAAUGAGUAUGGAUAUGAAUACGACGCCCACCACCCCUGCUGAUGACGUAACUACUCCACCUCCCAAUGUGGAGGUUAAACAAGAAGAGGAAGACGAAGAAGAAGAAGAGGGCGUGGAUAGUCGCACACUUAUUGAUUUACAAGCACAGAUAAAGCGUCUCAGCAGCCAUACGCAGAAAAUAAGGUCCAUUAGACAAGAAACUAAUGAGAAAAAGAAAAUAUUAAAGCAAACUCCUAAGGCCUAAUUAGCCAAAUCGCAGAGAAAAUCACAGAACUUAAUUGUUCCGAAUCUAUAUACGUAUACUUUCUUGUGUUGUUAAAUUUGUGAUAUUAUAUUAGCGUCAAGAAUGUUUUCAUGUGCUCAGACUUCUCAAUUCGUUGACAAAGCUGGUUAAUCCUUAAUUUGACGAUUCAUAAAUAGUGAAUUUUGAAAUCGAACUUGUUAACAUGGACAUGAAAAUUUUGUUAUUGUGUGAGGAGGAGUCAUAAUUUUAUCAUAUCUACUGGACAGAUAAUCUUAAAAAUAUCCCCUUGAUUUUUUAAAAGCAUCACAUAUUAUGCUGAAAUAUUAAAUAAAUAAAUUAAGUAUUUGGCUAUUUGUAUAGAGCCUAAUAUUUUAUAUGUAUCUUUAUAUUUAAUAAUAAUUUAUUAUCAUUUUAUUAUUGUAAGUCGUAUAAGGUGUGUUAGUUACUGUACUUGUAUUGUAUUAUUUUUAUAUUCAGUUUUAAUAUAAAUACCUCAUGAAAUGGAUGCAUUAAUUGAUUGGAUUGAUGGUUUCCUGACUUGUUUUUGUAUUUGUUUGCUCUGAAACAUUCCACCUUUGAAUGCAAAUUGCGGAAAACACUUAACCUCGGUACCUCAAAUAUGUGUAACCUGUAUGAUGUUGUAUUGAAUGUUAGGAAACUGUUCUUCAUCUAAUCCUGCACUAUUAAGCUAAAUAUGUUGCAUGUGUAAUGCAACAAAUAUAUGUUAUCUUAUUUUUAUGCAUGUACUUGUUUAAAAAGUAAAGAAAGCGACGUAAGUUAGUAUGAUAUGAUAAACAUAAUAGCUUUAUUAGAGAAUUUCAGGAGGAAAAAAGGAAAAUAUUACAGAUGUGAACUACAUAUUGAUAUGACGAAAUAAAUGUAACCUGUUUCACUUUCUGAUAAUAUUUGUUGGAAUAAAAUCUUAUUCAUGAAUAAAGAUUUAUUUUCAAAAGA